CCAAUGAUUCUGACAAAAUUUGCCAAUAGCAGUGAAAAGCAAAAAAAAAAUUUAAAGGAGGUUAGGGUCAGAAAUUUAAAAUAAGUUAAAUUUUUAAAGUAGCAUAGUUUUUACAAAUGCGGGUUUCCCAAGUUUUGGCCAGCCAACAUAUAGGAUGGCACUUCCAGCAAUUUUGGCGCACCCAAGGAAAGAGAAAAAUCGUCGACACUGGCGCCGCAAAAAUACUAGAAAAAAGGGGUAUACUAGUGAGGGAUCCUCAUAAAGAGCUGAAGGAAAAGUACACAUAUGAGAAGAUAGAAGUAGUAGGUUACAUAGACAAGCCCCAAGCAUUUGACAAUACCCACCCCAAUUGGCACAGUAGGCCUCUGUUGACUUACAACGAUAACAAUGUGUUAUUGGAAGGUCUUGCUCAAGCGAAGAUCCUCACAAAUAGUGUUGAAGUUAAACAGGGAUUGCCUGAUGCAAUGGAACUACCCAAGAUAACUAAGGACUUUAACCGAAAAGUUAAGGAUAUUAUACUCAGCACAGUUUUGUUUGAUGCUGAACAGAAAAAAUUGCCUAAAAUUAAAGAUUCCGAACGGCCAGCAUGGAACUUUCCCAGAACCUAUGGUAUUACACAACCUAGAGUGCAUAAACUUCUAAUUACAAAGCUGUUGAGUCUAAUAGAAAAGACGUCCAGCCAAGACUUGGUCAAGAACAAAUAUGUCUCUGAUGAUUUAUACUUUUCAUUUCCCUUCGAAAGAUUUGGUGAGAAUAUACAGUUCCAAUUGCUGGGUGAUAUAGUUCUAACAUCAUCAGAGCCUUUGAGUGUAGUUUCAAGUGAUUCUACAAGCGAGUUUGAGCUGCCUGAUUUAGCACCUAUUAAACCAACUAUCAGUCUCACCCCAGAGAAUAUUUAUGUAAUGAAAGAUGUUUAUUCUAUUGAAAGGGUGGCCAUUAAGAGGCACCCGCACACAUUGUUUGUUAAUUUCAAUAAAGAGACUGUCAAGAACCUUUACGAAGAGGAAGUGACUGCAGAACAAAUCUAUGGUAGGUCUCUACUCAAAACGUUUACCGCAGCGGCCGCAUACGCGAAACAAACAUAUGGGACCAAUGUUAAGGAGUUGCCUACACCAGUCGUGUUGCAAUGCAUUCAAUCUGACGGACGACUUUUUUAUUUCGGUUUAUUGCAACUUAACACAUUGGAUUUGGAGAGUAUUAAUAUCAAAAAUGUAUGGUUCCAAACGCCAGGCUUGCCUCUCUACGAAAAAUGUGUUUAUGAAGUUGGCAGGCCUGUUCUGCAUGGUUAUAAUGAUGAGGUUGUUAGACAUUUUGUAGCAUUUUAUAGUAAUACAUAAGUUUUAAUAAAUAAUUAUGUGUGUAUGUUGAUAAUAUCUUGUAGAUUGAAAAUAUUUUUUAUUUUUAACUUUUUCCAUGCAGUGUUGUAUUGUUUCAAUUGCGCGCAAUUGGUCAAGAGAAAUUAUUUCUAUUUACCUGUUCACGUGUUUCGUUACCAAAUAAAUUAUUUAUCCAAGAUUGCAAUAA